UAUUCUUGGGUAUAUAAAGAGGUAAAUCACAACUCCAACAACAACAAAGAAAAACAUUUUUCCAAUUCCAUUAAGUGUUAAGCUUUUAUUAGUAAGGUUUUUAACUUUUCAAACGUCCGAGACAAUGACUUUUGCAAUUGAAAUUGAGAAAAAACAUGUCCAGAAAUCAGAAAGGGUCAAGCCCUUGGAGAUCCACCCAACAGAGCCAUGGAUUUUAGUGAGCUUGUAUACAGGAACUGUACAAAUAUGGAAUUACCAAUCUCAAACUGUAGAGAAGAACUAUCAAGUCUCAGAGUCACCAGUCAGGUCAGCCAAGUUUAUCGCCCGUGAAAAAAGUAUUGUUGUUGGAUCAGAUGAUCACUUCAUUAGAGUAUACAACUACACAACAGAGGAAAAGACUAAGGAAUUCAAAGCACACGACGAUUAUACCAGAUCAUUAGCUGUUCAUCCUACUCUUCCUUAUGUUCUGUCAAGUUCUGAUGACAUGAUGAUAAAGCUUUGGGACUGGGAAAAAGACUGGGCUUGUACUCAGAUUUUUAAGGGGCAUAACCACUAUGUGAUGCAAGUGGCCUUCAAUCCAAAAGAAAACCAGACGUUUACAAGUGUAUCACUUGACUGCACAAUGAAGAUGUGGAAUCUUAGCUCCUCUGAUCCAAUUCUCGAACUAGAAGCACAUUCGAAGGGGAUCAAUUGUGUUGAUUUCUUAACUUGUGAUGAUAAACAAUAUCUAAUCACUGGAUCAGAUGAUCACACAGCUAAGGUCUGGGACUUGCAAAAUCAAACUUGUGUCCAGAUUCUUGAAGGUCAUAAGAACAAUAUUUCUGCAUUGGCAAUGCAUCCAGAACUUCCUGCUCUUUUUACAGGGUCUGAGGAUGGAACAUUUAGCGUGUGGGAUGCUACUAAUUACAGCUUACUCAACACACAAAUCUCUGAACUUGGGAGAAUUUGGGCAAUUGGAUUUGCAAGCCUGGAAGGUUCUCACAUGCUCAUAAUUGGCUGUGAUGAAGGAAUGAUUAUCGGAAAGAUUGUAGGUUCAGAAACUCCUGAGGAAGAUUGAGAGACAAUAUAUAUGAAGAAGCUUAUGUUUUCUUUAUGCUUUCUAGUUUCUGCCAUUUUAAUAUGUUUUUAUAAUUACUUGUACUAGGAUCUUGUGAAUCCAUUAUGUCUAUCUUGUACUUAUUUUCUUGGAAUUAAAGUUGAUGUUGUAUAAGAAGCCAAGAGUAAAUAAUUUC